CUCCAGUGUCUGCAGAACCUCUGUGCCUUGGCCAUCGAAGGCACCUUGAGUCAGAAGAGCUUGUUUGAUGAGGAAGGUCUUAGACUGUGUGAUUUGACUAUAUCGGCGGUAGCUUCUGUCUUCCCAGAUGACAGCAUUUUCCUGAAGGAUGUGGAAGCCACAACCAACUACAGCUUCAGUCAGUCACAAGAGCAUUCAGGAUUUCUUUGCUGCGUUGUAUUAUGUGUUGGAUGAAGAUGCUGAGGUUAAAGAGACCGGCAUGGUGAGUGGAGAUAAGUUCCUCCCGAGAGUCUGCAGAGGAAGAUCUCUGAUUUUUCAGGCUGAAAAUCAGCCAUACUUGAACUCCACCAUACAGUUCCUCUUUGGCCUCCUGAAUAAUGAUCAGUUAAAGGCGUUUGUGGAAGGCCUUGGGUCUAGCGUUUCCUUACGAGCCAAAUCUGCCAUGGAGAAAUGGCUUGUUGAUGGAAGGCUCUGCACUGAUGCCCUAACCUGCUUCUACGAGGCUCAGGACAAGGAGCUGUGCAGCCGAGUGUUCAGUGCCAAAGACCUGGUGUUUGAGCCGUGUUUUUACAGCUCAUCCAUGGAGAAUGUACGGAUCAGAGAGAUGCUGUAUUGUCUGGCAGACCAGAGGAGCUUUGUCUCCAUCCGCCUGGAGGAUCAGCUGAUGAGACCCCGAGACCUGGAAUUGCUGUCUCCCUUCUUCCAUAGCUCCUCAAAGCUUUGCUUCUCACGGUGUGGCUUUGCUGAGGACCUUGCGAGGGGUGGAAAGGCUUCAUGGAUGUCUAAACAGGACAGCAAGAUCGAAGAACUGGAGUUUCAGGUCUCUGUGGUCACCCCAUCCUUCUACGAGGAUCUCCGUUCUGUUAUUUCUUCCAGCCGAUCGCUCACCAAACUUGUCCUGGGUCACCAUACUCUGGAGGACUCUGCUCUGAAAACCAUGUGUGAUGGCCUGCGCCAGCCGGGCUGUGUCCUGCAGGAGCUGUCGCUUGAUGACUGCAACUUGACUGCCCCAAGCUGUCAGAUCCUUGGCUCCGCCAUGAAAGAAAACCGAUCUCUACACAAGUUGGAUCUGGCACUGAAUAAAAUUGAGGAUGAGGGAGUGAAGUUUCUAUGUGAAGUGUUGGAGGUUCCGGGGUGUACCCUGCAGGAGCUGAGGAUUGAGUUCUCUGAUCUGACUCCGGCCUGCUGUGAAUUCCUCCGCUCUGCUCUGAUGACCAAUCGAUCUCUCACCACCCUGUACCUGAGAGAGUGCAACCUCGAGGACACUGGGGCCAAGAUGCUGUGUGAGGCUUUCCGCCAGCCGUACUGCUCUGUGAAGAUGCUGGCGUUGUUUGAGAAUCACAUCACCAGCUCAUCCUGCGAGGAUUUCCGAUCGGUCAUUCUUACAAACCGGACCCUAACCAACCUGAAUUUGAGGGACAACAAGCUUGGGGACUCCGGAGUGAAGCUCCUCUGUGAAGGACUGUGUGACCCGGGCUGUACUGUGCAGGAGAUGGAAUUAACCACUUGUGAGCUGACCCAGGCAUCCUGCAUGGACCUCCGCUCCGUCCUCGCUACCAGCCGGUCUCUGACCAAACUGAAUCUCUCCUGGAAUAGUCUGGAGGAUUCUGGAGUGAAGGUUCUGUGUGAAGGACUGGGAGACCCACGCUGUGUCCUGCAGGAGCUGAAGUUGUAUGGGUGUGACCUGUCCUCCUCCUCCCUCCAGGAUCUGGCCUCCGCCCUCCUCACCAACCAAUCACUAACCAGCUUGGAUCUGGCAGGAAACAAGUUUGAGGACUCUGGAGUAAAGCGGCUGUGUGAGGCCCUCCAGACUCCAGGCUGUGCUCUGCAGACAGUCAGAGUGGGGUAUUGUGAGCUGACCUCCUCCUGCACUGAGGAAUUCAUGGCUGUCAUCGAUGCAAACACUUCUCUGGAGGAGCUGGAUGUGUCCUUUGGCUAUGAGGAUGUAGCACCCCUGUAGAUCUGGAUGUGAUGUUAGUGAGAUUCGAUCACCCAUCCAUCGCUGUGCAGAAACACAACACCCAGGAUGGGCUGUUCAUCCACGUCAAAUACAAGAAACAGAAUUGA